CCUGAUGUCACUGUGAGAGAAAGUUCAUGUGUGAAGCCUCAACCUACAACCAGGAAGCUGAAGGGCUUAAAAGCGAGAGGCUCCGGCUGAGAGGCUCAGUCAGCCUGCAGGUGGGACGAGGCUAUCAUCUGGGAGCUUCAGUGACAUCAGUUACUUUUGAUCUUUAACAUUCUACGUCGAGACCAUGUGUGACUUCGAUCCGUCUCAAGCUUUGGACGACUCAUGUGAGGUCGAUGCAACAGGAUUUGAAUCCUCCUGCUUUAACAUGACGGAUCUUCGAGAUGAGAUCUUCAAACUCGACGAGGGACUGGACGUGGUGGUUUCCCACAACCCAAGAACCCUGCGGUCUGUCGCCUACCUGCUGCUGGGUGUGAACAGGAUGCAAAAGUCCCUGACUCAGUGCGGCAGGGAGCUCAGUGACGACGAGCUCUGCUGUGCCAUCAUGGACAGCCUGGUGACCGAAACAGUCGUGGAGAGGACUGCGAGCUCGGCGACCACGAGCGCGUCUGCCGAAGCCAAAAGAGUGUACGAGCGCGUCAAUAGCGGGAACCAGUGCACGCUGCUGGACCUUUAUCGGAAACACAUCGUCCUCACGUCAGAGGAGUGUCAGCUGCUCGCCGUCACUCUGAAAGGAGGAAACUGUGAACGCAAAGUGAAUUUCAAACUGGCGAGGUACAUCAGUUCCAUCAUCAAACCCGAUGAAAGUCUGACCGUCCUCCUGUCCCUGAAAAGCAACCUGCACAUUUCCUGCUCUAUGAAAGACGACAAAGCCGUGCUGACCCUCGAGGAAUGCAGCAAGGAAGAUUUAAAGAGCAUCAGUGAGGAUGGAGACAUGGACCGUUUCCUCUUCUUCAAGAGAACCAAGGGAAUGUGUGAGAACAUGUUUGAGUCUGUGAAGUACAGGGGCUGGUUCAUCAGCACCAGUGACGCCGAAAACCAGCCUGUGGAACUGUGUAAGGUGGACGCCAAGAGACACCUGACCUUCAGGAUGGACUGAGACGUGUCGCCUGGUCCUGUGCAGUGUUAAUGUAUGCAGCAUUAUGCUUCUGCCGCACCACUAGAUGGCGCCAUCGUCUCAGUUCUUCCCUGAGCCUGCAGUAAACACUGCCGCUGGUGAGAUUAUGAAUUAAUCCACUAAAUGUAGAUUUACUUUAUAUUAUCUUUACUCACUGACAAAAUGAUUUGUACAAACUAAAGUUCUCCUCUGGCAGAGAAAGUUGUAAAAGGAUAUUCCUCGAAACUAGUGAUUGUCUUUGUUCACUGAAUUACAUUUAUAUCUCUACAAAUGUUUUUUUGUUACGUGUUUUAAAACAAGAGGAAAGUGUGAUGGUGUUAAAUUGUUACGACAUUUUUGUGUAUUUUUUUGAAUACAUAAGCAUGCAAAAUAACUUUUUGGUUUGUUCAUGUAUUUAAAGUGUGUUUCUGUACUUCAAUAUUGACCCCU